AUGCGAGAUAACAGCUCAAUUCAUAUUUAUCUGAUUAUUUCAAUGAGCAAGUUCCAGAAUAUUCAAACCGUAGUUGAACUCAAUCCUGUUCAUGCAGUCUCUGUUGUGGCAGAUCUUGAACCCAAUGAACUAAUGCAGAAAAUGCCAACUUAUCCGAAAUUGAGUGGUAUAUUUCUUCUCAAUGAAGAUCUGCUAGAUCAACUCAUCACAUACAUUUGUUUCUAUCGUCAGCUUCGGCUUCGUUUACCGAAUGUGAAUAUUUUCAGACUGGAGUUAAAUAUUCUCGACAAUCUUAACGAAUACCAGGUGAACUCUUUGUGCUUUCAGCUAUUUAGCGACAUUCUAUCAGAUUUACCAAUUGACUCGAGUACGACUACUUAUCGUAACGCAUGGAAUGAUGAUCAUCUUCUUAGUAAUCUAAUUGAAGCAAAUACAAACAUUAAUUAUCUUUUCAAAGAUUUCAACAUCCCUACAUUACGAAAUUCGGUAACAACUUUGAAAGAAAUCAAUCAAAGAAUCGUAUCCUUAGCGGAAAACGUCGAUCCAUCUUCUAAUACUGUUUAUCGAGCUCAAGUAGUAUUAACAACAGAUUUUAAAAUGUUACAAGAUAAUCCAAAUACUCUACUCGCUAUACAAGGUUUUAUUUUGGCUUCACGUUCGUCUCACUCUAUAGUUGAUGUUUGCCGUCAAGCAGUUGACAAUCAACUCAAUGCGGUUCUUUUGGGACUAAAAUUAUUCGAUCAAGCAUCUAUAGUGGAUUUGGAUCCACACACGGUCAUUUUCAGUCUUGGUACUCUAUUUCGAUUAAUUUCUACAGAAUCAGCACCCGAUAGUGUCUGGCAUGCUCAACUCGAGUCAACCAAUGGCACCAUGGAAAGCAUCACUGAUCGACUUCGAUUCGAGAUCGGGGGUCAUUUUACAUGGUUGACAUUCGGCCAUUACUUGACUACUUUCAAACGAUAUGAUGCUGCAAAAAACUAUUAUGAAUACCUUUUGUUUGUACUUCCAUCCAAUCAUUCAUGCCUCCCAUCCAUCUACAACAACAUGGGCUUAAUGUAUGCAGAAAUGAAAAACAAUAGAAAAGCAUUGGAAUUCUUUCAAAAAGCAUCGAAAUCGCUCGUCAAUGAUUUGUCAAUAGCAACUGAACAAAGCUACCUGCAUACUCUACGAGUCUUAUCUCCUCAGUCAUCAUUUGUCAAUAACAUUAAAAUAUUAAAUAAAAUAGCAGAAAUCAGUUAUCUUCAAGGCAAUAAGAAAACAGCACUUGAAUAUUAUCGUCGUGCAUUGAGUAUGGAACCAGAUGCAGUGUCACGCGAGCUUUAG